AUGGGGGACUCAGACAGUAUUCCUUCGUCCUCUUCGGACAUGGAGGUGGAUCUGGAUUCCAACGAGUGGAAGGAGUUCGAGCUACCGAUAGUUGAGCCCGAUUCCGAGUUCCUGCAGCAGCAGUUCUAUCUGCAGCAACGGAUAUUGCAGCAGCACCUGCAUGAGAGCCGAAGUCGAUGGAGGGCCUGGAAAAAAGCAGCUUGGGUCCUUUUAUUCUCUCUAUGCUCUGCUGCAGUAAUCCGCCAGCUGAGCGCUUCCGGAAGGAGGAACACUGUAAAACCCGACACCUAUGGGGAUUUAGAAGCAAAGUUCACGCUGGACAUAACUGAUGAUGUCGAAGGCCAGCCAAAGCCAGAGGUACAGGUGCAGGUCCAGCAAGAACAGCAGAAGCAGGACCAGCAGCUUCAACAGGAACAUCAUGGAGGGUACCGGCUGUUGGACGAAUCGGAGCACCAUGGAGGGUACCAGCUAUUGGAGGAACAGGAGCAGCAAGAGCAGAAGCAUAACGAACGGGAGCAGCAAGAGCACGAACAGGAGCAGGUACAGCACGAACAGGAGCAGGUACAGCACGAGCAGAAGCAGGAAGAGCCCGAGCAAAAGCAGGGACGGGACGAGGAGCAGGAGCAAAGGCAGCAGGAGGAACGUGAGUCUAGGGAAGAAGAAAGGCAGCAACGGCAAGAAGGAGAGGAGAUAGGGAAGCAGCAGAAACAGGAGCAGAAGCACGGGAAGGAUCUGUAUCUCGAUCGGGAGUUGGGGCGGGAACUGGAGCAGCCCCGGGAGCAAAAGUCUGAGCAGGAGCCACAGCAGAAGAGGAAGGAAGAGGACGACCAGGAGGAGGAGCAAGAGCAUGCCGACAAGGUCAGCCAAGAGGAGCAGCCAAAGGAGGCGACCAAUUGGUUUUUCAUGGGCAUGGGGCUCUUUAAAGACAAGGGUAAGGGAGCCCACAAGGAGAAGGACAAGUCCCACAGGGAGAAAGAGAAGGGAACGCACAAGGAGAAAGAAAAAGGAGAGUCCAAGGAGAAGGAGAAAGGGUCUCACAGGAGGGUGUCGUUUAAAGACAAAUCUAACAAGAAGAGGUGGUCCCACAAAAAGGGGCUCCAGGACGAGGAGGAGGCCUUCGAAGAUAGUUGGCUCCCUAAAGAGGAAAGUAGGAAGGAAGAGGGGCCUACAGAUGCGGGGUUGCGGGCGGAAGGCGAAGACAAGGAAGAAAGAAUUCAUCAUGAAGAGGAGGGUCUUGAGAGACGGGGUGGUGGACAGGAACCCGGAACAGAAGGUGUGGGCGACCCGGCUGAGGGUGUUGCUGCUGCGGGAGUUGCUCCGGGAGAUGCAGGUGUUGCGGACGCUGCUGCUGGAGGCGCUACUGCUGCUGGUACUGCAGCAGCAGAUGGGGAGGGGGCAGAGGAAGGCAGUGGCGGGCAGUUUUGGGAAGAUUGGCAGGAGGGGGACUCCUUUCUGGAGAGGCUGGCGCCUGUCUUUGUGUCCCCGAAACCUCCCUUUCCUGGUGGGCAGUGCGAAAAGGAGAGGACCAUGAACGAGGCAGUCGAAGCGAUGCAGGUGCUUGAGGAGCAUAGUGGAAAAGAGGCUGCAGAUGCUUUCAUGGCCUUGCUGACAAAGCCGCUGGCGAAGGAGGACCCCAAGAAUAUGUCGACGGAGGUGUUGCAGUCUCUCAUUAUUGAGAGAGCCAAACAGAAGGCAGCACUCUCAGCACUUAGAGCCUUCCAAGCCCGGCGCGAACGCGAGAAAGCUCUGGCGCGCAUGCUGGUUCUAGAGCAGCUUCACAUUUUGCUGAAGAGACAUCUAGACCAGGGAACCCCACUCCCUGCCAGCUUUGCAGGGCUGGUGGAAAGAAGCGGCUCUCGUGUGGACAUUGAGCGGGAGAGCGCAGUCUUGGCAGCUGCACGGCGAGAGUACGAGGAGGCGUUAGCCAUCGAGGGCGGAGAGCUCCAGCUGCUACAGUACGAUUUGCUGGAGGCUGCGGCUCACUUUACUGCUGCAGAUGUCUUCGUGCGCGCAGGGGAAAUUCCAGCAGAGUGGAAAGCAAAAAUGCCCAAGUACAAGGACUUGGCGGUCGCUUUAGGCGAGGAUAUUCGUAACCUUACCAGCACCAGUGUUAUUGGGAAUGUUCCGGGCAUGGCAAGAACCGCUGUGGAGGCGGCGAAGGCAACUCUGAGAGACAACACAGCCGCAGGACAGCUCGUCAGGAAGCUGUUGUUCCUUGUCGACCUUCGUAGGAAGGCCAACUCCAGCUUUAAACAGUGGGCCGAUCCCCAGCUGGACAACUCAACCGAAAAAAUGGUUCAUUUCGCCAGGAGGAGAGCCUUCGAGCUCACGGAGAAGGCGGAAAAGCUCAAACAGGAAUUCGCUAAUGAAGUUGACGCAACGACUGGAGAAAAGAAGCUCCGGGGGUUGGACUCCUGGUUUGCUCUUUUAUUAUAA